UUCAUCCAAAAUUGAGUUACACGAAUCUCCAAGUCUGAGAAAAAGAGACCAAGAAAAAAAAAGUUUCUCUCCAAUCAUCCUUCUCUUCUCUUUUUGUUUGGAGACUGAAAUCGCAGGCGUUUCCUUUGAUGAGAUUCUUGUUGGCAAUAACAUGAACAAGGAUAAGACACCGAUCGCAGGCGGCGGCGGCGGCAAUGCAGGAGGAGGAGGAGGAGGAGGAGGCGGCUGCGCUGGCAAUGGCCCGGAGAUGCAAUCCUCGUCCGACGCGGCGGCGCCUUCGCCGACUCCUCACACGGAGUGCGACAUCAGCAGCAUGCCGGACUCCCCAAUGCGCAAGCCCGGCCACCGGCGCGCGCUCUCAGAGAUCAUCGGCCUCCCCGAGGACCUGGACCUCGGCGCCCCCGGCGCCGGCGACGCGCCCGGGCUGUCGGACGAGAACGAGGAGGAGCUCUUCUCCAUGUUCCUCGACGUGGAUAAGCUGAAUUCGCGGUGCGGGGCGUCGGUGUCGGAGUCAUCGUGCGCCAUGGCCGCCGGGGGUCGGGGAGAGGCAACGGAGACGUCUGCGGCAGGGCAGGGGCAGAGGCAUCAUCACAGGCACUCGAUGGACGCCGCGAGCUCCAUCAACGCAGAGCAUCUGUUUGGGACAACGGCGAUGGAGGGGGCGUCGCCGGCAGAGGUGAAGAAGGCAAUGUCCGCCGCAAAGCUUGCCGAGCUAGCGCUCAUCGAUCCAAAGAAGGCAAAAAGGAUUAUAAAUAAUAGACAGUCAGCAGCAAGAUCAAAAGAAAGGAAGAUGAGGUACAUUGCUGAACUUGAGCGGAAGGUGCAGUUCAUGCAGAGAGAAGCCACAGCAUUGGCAACCCAGCUGGCAUUGCUACAGAGAGACACAGCUGGGCUGACUGUCGAGAACAGCGAACUGAAGAUACGUCUGCAGAGCACAGAGCAACAAGUCCACCUACAAGAUGCUCUGAACGAGGCCCUGAAAUCGGAGCUGCAGCGGCUGAAGGUGGCGACAGGCCAGAUGGGCAACCAGAUGAUGAUGAACUUCGCCGGACCGCCGCACGCGUUCGGCGGUGGGAAUCAGCAGGUCUUCCACCACCCCAGCCAAGCAAUGCCGCCGUUCCUGGCGAUGCAGCAGCAGCAGCAGCAGCACCCGAACCAGCCGUUGCACCCUCUGCAGACCCAGCAGCAGCUGCAGCAGGCGGCGCUCAGCCUGAACAUGAAAGGGCCGGCUGCGGUGGCUCCUCCCGGCCAGUGGCAGUGGGGUGGUGGUGAUGCGUGGUCGGAGAGCAGCAGCAGCUGAUGAUCCGGCCGGCGGCGACGGAGGCUAGCUGCAUUGCGUGCUGUUGUCUUGGAAGAGGUUGGGGGUGUAUGUCAUGUCUGGAUGAUUGAGGAUAUACUGUAUAUUCGGUAAAAGAAGCGAUACAUAUAUAUGUCUGAAAGGCGUAGAUAUAAAUUUUGUUGGCUUUUCAUCUUGCUUAAGCCUUAAAGGAUGUUAUACCCAGGUUAUGUGUGGAUGAAAACGAUGGUUGCAGAAAGAAAACCCUUGUAUUCCUGUGUA